AUGUUAAAAGUUAGACAGGAUGCUGAACAGUUGUUUGUCUGGGAACUUGGUGAGGGCUUGGUUAACAUCUGGUGGGAUAAUUGGUCAUUGGAUGGUUGCCUUAUUCAGGACCAGUUUGUCCCAGCUGCCCCUAUGUUUGUGAAAGAUAUCUGGGCUUUUGGCAAGUGGAACCUUGCUCCUAUCAUUCCUUUCUGUAGCCCAUCUCAAUUAAGCAGUAUUCAGAAGCUUACUAUCAAACCUGGGGUGAAAGACAAAAUUGUGGUUAGAAAGAACCCUAUCCCUUCUCAACAACCCCAUCUGGUACACUGGGGUCACACCAUCUGGAAUAAUUUCCUCACCCCAUCCAUGUCCUUCUUCAUUUGGAGACUUUUCUCAAAGAUGAUUCCCACGGAUGACAUCCUAAAGUUGAAGGGUUUGAGGGGUCCUUCUAGAUGUUUUUUCUGCUUGGCUCAAGAGGAAACAAUUUCCCAUCUGUUCUUUGAGUGUCAUUGGGUACAGGAGGUUUGGUCAUUUGUGAUUGGUAAACUUAGAAUCCCAACCUUGCACCUCACAUGGAAGAUGUUCUAUACUAGCUGGGCUGAUUGGAGGGGUGCUGAACUCCAGGACAUCCCCAAUAUUGUGGCAUGGUUUGUGUGGAUGGCAAGGAACCAGGCAAAGCAUGAUAGCUCCCUUAUUGAUCCUAAGAGGGUGGGUCUAAAUUGUAUUGCUUUUAUUCAAAAACUGAUCAACUUUAAAAAGUAUAAGACUGUGUUGGAGAUUGUUUCUUUUCUCAAGCCUCAAACUUCCAAAGUUGUGACUAUCUGCUGGACUCCCCCAAAGCUUGGUUGGAUCAAAAUUAACAUAGAUGGCAGCCAAAAAUCCCAGUCUGCAGGCAUUGGUGGGGUCUUUAGGAACCAUGAGGGGAAAUGCAUAUUAUAUUUCCAAUCUCCAAUCAAGGCUGUUGACUCACUUGAGGCAGAAUGUCAAGCAGUUUUCUGGGCCCUCAACUUAGCCAGAUCUUGCUUGUUUGAUCAAUUAUGGGUUGAAUCUGACUCCUUGCAACUUAUUAACAUCCUCCAUGGGAUCUCAAAAACUCCUUGGAAUUUAAUCUGCUGGAUGUCUGGUAUUCAUCAACUGCUAAAAGUUUGCUCCCUAAAGUUUUCUCACAUUCACAGAGAAGGAAACAGACCAGCCAACUGGCUAGCUAGAAGGGGACUUUUUACAGAAGUUCCACUAGUUAGUAGAAGAAUUCCCCCCCCACUGGACUUCCUUUUAUCCAGUGAUCGUUUGCCUAUCCCUUAUCUUAGAAAGUAUGUGUAA